CAAAAUAAACCAAACACCCCCUAAAAUUGAGUGGGCACACUAGCGUAGUAUGUGGCGAAGAAUCACUUUCUCUCUCCUCCAACCACCACUUUCACAACCCUUCUCCACCACCACCGCCACCACCGCCACCGCCGCCGCCGCAGAACAAACCCCAUCUCUCUACUCUUUCCUCCAACCUUCUCUCUUCUCUCUCAAACCCCAACAACAACAACCACCACCACCUUCAUCACCUCCUCCUCUUUCACCCACUUCCCCAAACACGCCCUUACAAUCUGAACAAACAACCACCCUUCAAACCACUCUUCUCCAUUCUCUCUCCUCCUCUAACACUGAUGAAGCUUGGAAAUCAUUCAAAUCUCUCACCAACUCUUCAUGUUUCCCCACUAAAUCUCUCACUAACUCUCUCAUUACCCACUUGUCUUCUCUCUCUGAUGUGCAUAAUCUCAAGAGGGCUUUUGCUUCUGUUGUUUUAUUGGUAGAGAAGAAUCCUAAUUUGUUGGAAUUCGAUACUGUUAAGGAGGUAUUGAAGUCUAUGGGUGCGGCUAAUAUGCCUGCCCCUGCUUUCGCUCUAGUUAAAUGUAUGUUUAAGAAUAGGUAUUUUGUGCCUUUUUAUGUUUGGGGUCCUGUGCUUGUUGAGAUUAGUAGGAAGAGUGGUAGUUUUGUAGCUUUUUUGGGUGUUUUUCAUGAGAAUUGUAGGGUUGUUCUUGAUGAGAAGUUGGAGUUUAUGAAACCUGAUUUGAGUGCUUGUAAUGCUGCUUUAGAGGGUUGUUGUUUUGAUCUUGAAUCGGUUAAGGAUGCCGAGAGGGUGGUUGAGUUGAUGUCACUAUUAGGGGUUAGGCCGGAUGAAGCCAGUUUUGGGUUGCUUGCUUAUUUGUAUGCAUUGAAGGGUCUUCAAGGGAGGAUAGUUGAGUUAGAGAAUUUGAUGGGUAGGUUUGGUUUUACAGAUACAAUGGCGUUUUCGAGUAAUUUGAUACGUGGUUAUGUUAAGGCAGGGAGUGUAGAGUUGGUCUAUGAAACGAUUUUGAGGAGCUUGAAAGAAGGAGAUGAUGGACAUGAUCAUUUGAAGUUCAGUGAAGAAACUUACUGUGAAGUUGUGAAAGGGUUUCUAGAACAUAAGAACAUCAAGGAUUUAGCAGCAUUGAUUGUUGAAAGUCAGUUGUUGGAACCUGAAGAUGUCGUAGGGGAAAGGUCUACAGGGUUUGGCAUAGUUAAUGCUUGUGUUAAACUUGGGAUGUUAGAUAAGGCACAUAGUAUACUAGAUGAGAUGAAAGCUCAAGGAGCAUCUGUUGGACUUGGGGUGUAUUUGUCAAUCUUGAAAGCCUAUUGCAAAGAGUAUCGGACAGCUGAUGCUGCGCAAAUGGUAGCGGAGAUUAAUAGUUAUGGCCUUCAAUUGGAUGUUAGUUGUUAUGAUUCCCUUAUAGAAGCAUCAAUGACAAGCCAGGAUUUCCAGUCUGCUUUCUCCUUGUAUAGGGACAUGAGGGAUGCAAGAAUAUUGGAAUUGACAGGAAGUUAUCUUACCAUAAUGACUGGUUUGACAGAAAAUAACCGUCCUGAACUGAUGGCGGCGUUCUUGGAUGAGGUUGUUGAAGACCCUCGCAUUGAAGUGGGGACACAUGACUGGAAUUCUAUUAUACAUGCUUUCUGUAAGGCUGGUCGGCUCGAAGAUGCUAGUAGAACAUUUAGGAGGAUGGUCUUUCUUCAAUUUAGACCUAACGAGCAGACAUAUUUGUCAUUGAUCAAUGGUUAUGUCUCUGCAGGGAAAUACUUCAAUGUUUUGAUGCUGUGGAAUGAGGUUAAAAGGCGAGUCUCGAAUGAUGACUCCAUAGGAUUCAAGUUAAAUCACAGCUUAAUUGAUGCAUUUCUUUAUGCACUGGUGAAAGGAGGUUUUUUUGAUGCUGUGAUGCAAGUAGUGGAUAAAUCUCGGGAAUCAAAGAUUUUUGUUGAUAAGUGGAGAUACAAGCAAGCAUUUAUGGAGACACAUAAGAAACUUAAGGUAUCAAAGCUGAGGAGGAAGAACUUCAAGAAGAUGGAAACCCUGAUUGCUUUUAAGGAUUGGGCUGGCUUGAGUGCAUGAGAGCUUUUAGAUGUUCUGUGCCUGCUUUCAGGCAUAGAAUUGAGCUCCAUUGAUCGCGAUGUUGGGUGUCGAUGGCUCUUUGGCGACCCUCUUGUCAGAGCAUAAUAGAGAAAACAGGGAAGGACUGUGAUUUUACCCCUCAGAAUUCUGAAUUUCCUUCUGCUGCUUUUUUGGGAAUAUCAUGGGACUUACAGCUUUAUCAGGAUUUUACCUUCUGCAAUUAUGCUGGAUAUGCUUUGCAAAUCUUCACGAGGUAAAGACUUUACAGAUGUGGAAUUUGAAUGGUAAGUCGUCUGGCUCUAGUGAAAGGAAGUACGGACAGAACAUAGUCAUAAUGAUUUUGUUGCUGAGUUCUUUGUCCUACAAUUUGAGAAAUGGAUAUUAUGCAUUUAUGUAGUACUAGACUACAAAUAGUUUUAUGAUCUAUAUUUCAUUUCUAGCAUAAUCUCAAGCAAUGAGUGAUCGUUGGGUUGAUUCAACUCUGAGUUGUAAAGUUAUGGUAUUUGUAAACUUCUUGUUCCCAGGACACUAGGAUGAAAUUUUUCUUACAAAAUUAUACUAAAGUUCAUUACGUUUACUGUAAUUUAUUACGGCAUACAAAAUGUUCCAUAGGUGAUAUUGUGUUAAAAAACAGACGAGAUUUUAGCCAUUUGCAUUAAGCUCAAGCUUCCUUCUUG